AUGAAGGCCACAUCGAUCCUCACGCUCCUCUUCGUCCUCUUCUGCACCUCUGCUUACUCUGCUCACGCCGCGAGGAGCUUAACCUUCUUACCGCCUUUGCCACCCAUUACCUUCCCGCCCCUGCCGUCGAUUCUCCCCCCGAUUCCCUUCCCGCCGCUGUCCAUCCCUUCAGCUCUGCCGCCACCGACUCCGUCGCUUCUUCCGCCGGUGCCAUUCACACCGCCCGUUCCUGGGGUCCCCGGCGUGCCGGCGCCCUGA